UGAUAUGCUGCCCGGUAGGUUCUGCCACCUUGUAAAUCUUACUGUCUUGAGGGCUUAGACAUCUUAAAAUGAAGCUGCUUUGCCUGCCGAGGAUUCCCGCAUCCCUGCUUUGUCUAGGGCUGUGGGCCAUGGCAAGAGGUGACCGUGUCCAGGGCUUCCCAGGUCUCGUGGGCAGAGACUUGUGCUGACAGUGGCAUGGUGCCUGUCACUCUCCUUGCCAGCAACAUCUGUGGCAUAAACCCCAGAUAUGUGGUGCACUCAGGAUAUAGUGAGGUCUGGAAAUGCCCUUACUGCCACACAGACGAUUCAGUCGAUGCCUUGCCCAGGCCAGCCCAGUUUGUACAAUUCCAGAUAUUGGGCAGAGACCAGGGGUUGAGACCCCCUCAAACUCUGGGAUCUUAGAUGGGUAGCUUCUCCAAGAAAACAUGCAAUAAAAGUCCCACCAAGGCCCAGGAAACACAAAGGAAACUUCUCUGGCCUCUGGAUGAAAAAGGAGCCCCUUGUGAGAAAUCCAAACCCAGGCAUGCCCCCCCUGAGCAGGCCCCGAACACGGAAUCAAACUGGCUGUAGGCAAAGUAGGUGGCUGCAGACCAGGAGAGUUCAGUGGGACCCCAGGCCGCCCUGCCAAAGCACCCCAUAAAAACAUCCUCUUUGAAGAGGGCUCCCACACAGAAUCAUGGACACACAAGGAAGCCACAGGCUGUGGCAGAGGUGACCCCCUCCACGAAGAGCCUAGGACCACAAGCAGGUGGGUUUGAGAAAGGACAAAACAGAGCUUUGGGAAAAGAAGGGCACAUCUGCUAGUGUUCCAUCCAGAGGUAAAACUGGAGGCAAAAAAACUUAUAUAUGGUAAGUAUAUUAUAUGUAGUGUAAAGUACAUAAUAUACAAUACAUAAUAUGAGGAAUUAGUGUAAACAUAGUUAUAAAGAAUUAUUAACUAGUAACACAGUGAGCAAUAAAAGGGUGCAGACACAACUCACGGGGGGCAGCAAAGCACAGCCAGGCAUCCCAGCAAUGACCACAUUUUGGAGUCCACCCUGUCCCAGGCCAGGGCUAGGCCGCAGGAAACUGCCCACUGGGGUGCUGGCGACUCAGGGGAAGAUGGCCUGUGUGGCCCUCAGACACCAGCAUGUGGUGAGGGAUAAUGUGCAGAGGGCACUCCAUGGGUUGGGCCAUCCUGGCAGGUAGGAGGUAGUUCUUCCUCCUCCCGGUGGCCAGCACAGCUGUGAGAGCACAUGGUUGUAGACCAGCCUCUGGACUGGCAUCCCCACUGCCGGGGUGCUGCCCAGGGGCUUCUCCCCUUGGCCACUCCUAUGGGCAAGUGCCUCCACGGUUGUGUGCAGGCACUCUCCUGAAUGCGAGCUGUGAGGUCUUGUGAUGGGACAAGCCACUGGUCCCUAAGAGCCGCUCCAGGCCCUCCUCCCUCUGUCCUCUGCCUCGGUGCUGGGGCGCCUCUUCAUGCAACUUGUUGCCCCAUUUGCACGGAAGGGAUGGGUGGGCAAGCUGGGACAGGGAGUUCCCUCCGGGAAGCACUCACACCGCACAGGGUGAGGGUGUGGACAUGACAGGUUCUGGCCCCCAAGUGGUGGAACCCCCCGACUGCCUCCCCUUGACUGUGCGUGCAGGGUCUGAAUCUAGAAAAACACAGUUUGAUCUGCCUUUGCAGUGGCAGAAUUUCCUUUAGUUCCAGUCACCAUCUCCUGAGUUGCCCUCUGGAUUCUCCAGACAUGCCCAGAGCUGCCUGCCUUUUGUCGUCAUUCGGAGAUUUUACCACAGGGCUUGGCUUCAGCGAUAAAUGCAAGUGUCCUGCAAACAGCUUCAAUUCCACACAUAAACUUGCUGACUGGAUCUUUGGUUUUCUUGGAGCUUAGUUAUUUUCCACCAAACAUUAGAGGUAAAAAUAGUUUUGCCUUUUAUUAUAACGAGAUUGUUUCCAAAUACCAUUCAAUCAGGCAUUGCCUCUAGUUUAUGCAAAAUAUUUUGAGAUAAUAUUAGAACAGCUUUGUGCUCUUUUGAGCUUCUUGUCCAAAGUGCUCCACAAACCAUCAGGAACCAGUUGUUUCCUAUCAGAGACUGAGUACAUCAUUUCAGCCUCGUCACCUUCAGCACACUUUGCAAUUAGAAAUAAGUUCUAGAGUAUAUUGCAAUGACUGUUGACUUGAUUCAGGAAGCCGUCCACUCUUUCAAAGGUCAGUGCUGGGGAAGUGCCCCUGUGACCUGGGGUGGACGGUCCAAGCUGUUGGAACCCACGGGCAUGGGCAGCAGAUAUGUGCAGACUCUGUAGGCAGCAGUGCAGACACCAGGACGGGCAGCCAGAACCAACAGGCUUCUAGCACUGUGAGUGAAGGCUGAGCCGCAGUGAAGGCUGGCCUCAGAAGCAGCGUGUUUGCCUUGCUCCACCCAAGUGACUCCCGUAUUGCUGUCUCCCCACCCUAUGUGCCCCCACUCAUUUCUCCUGACCUCGCUUUGUCGGGGUAAGUCUCCAGGGGCUUAGGACCAGUGGUCAGUGUGCCACACUGACUGUUACAAUAUGGAACCGUGCUUCCAUCUAAAGGCCUUGUGCUGGAACAUCCUUAUUACUCUCUGCUCCAAGUUCGCUGUCUGACAGGCCGAGCCGCAGACUCACUCCUGGCACAUGAACUGCACCUUCCCCUGAAUUAGCUGAGGUGUGUGGAGAUUCACAGGACAUGCAAGGAGCUGCCAGCGGCUCAGUGCCUCCCAGGACCUACACAGCGUGGGGCCACCUACCAACACUCCCGAGAGUUCACUGUCUGCUGUGGGGAUCACGAUGACCUGGGGCUCGGGGUCAGCACAAUUGGUCCUUAAUCAGCAGAGGGAGACAUGCCCUCUGGCCACAGCAGGAGAGAGACGCAGGUUCCCAGUAACGAGGCCAUCAAGCGCUGUGCAGUUUUCCAUGUCAAGACAUUAUUUAAAGAAAUUAAAGAAGAUACAGGUAAAUGGUGGUGGGGGUGUCAUCAUUGUGAAUUGGAGGAAUCAAUACUAUUGUUACAAAGGUGUUGGAUAAAGUUACAGAGUUAACGGCAUUCCCAUGAAAGCUUAAGCGGCUUUUCUGGGCAGAAAUCGACAUGCUAACUGGAAAUGCGGGGCGCUAAGCAUAUCCAAGCCGGUCUGGAGAGGAGGACAGAAUGGGGGUCAUCCGGGAUCUAGGGUCCCAGAGACGAGGAUUCCUAUAGAAUCAGUAGUGAAAGUGGUGUGAGAUCUGUGCAAGCGCAGGCAAACAGACCCAUAGGCACACACCACAAGCACACACAUCCAAGACCAAUAAAUACUCAAUUUAUGUCCAAUUGUAUCCGCUCAUGACAAAUCAAAGCCACGGUCAGAACCACCGCACACCCACACCGUGGCUCAAAUGGAAAAGGCGGAGACGCAGGCAGCUGCCGGGACGCGCAUCGGCCGGGCCUCUGAACACGCCGGCCUCACUGGAUAUCCGCGCGGUGUUGCCUCCCGAGCCGAGCCUUGCCACCCCGUGGCCCAGCGAUCCCGCUCCAUGUGUGUGCCACGGAGGUGCCCUCAGCUCAUUGGGGAGAUGCCAGGGCGCCAGCCGGGGCCUGGCACGGAUGGAGCGGCAAACACCGUGCCGCCGUGUGUCACGGCAGGGAGCCGGCAGACAGAGGCGCACACAGCGCUCACGGAUGUGUGGAACCGGCCCCGGGGGCCUGGCCGCCCAGGUGGAGACAGGCUCCCGACCCGCAGUGGGCGUCCUGCCUCCUGCGGUGGAGUUAACAGCGGGUUCACGACAGGCGCUGUUCAGCGAGCGCCGCCCCUGGUCACGGGUUGGCUGGGAAGGCGCCCCUGGGAGGGCAGCACACUUGGGAUCAUGCAGCCCCUGGGGCUCGGGCUGGAGGGCGGGCCUGGGGCGCCCCUUCCGCCUUGAGCCGGUCUCUGCCCGUCAGCCCCACGUUCCCGCCUGGAGCCUCCGACCCCGGACGACGCUGAUGACCGUGACCUGCACCGCGUCUUCCUGUGGAAACCCGCUGACCGCCUCUCGCCCCUUGCAGACGGACGUCCUGCACCAGAACAUCUACGACUACAUCCACGUGGACGACCGCCAGGACUUCCGUCGGCAGCUCCACUGGGCCAUGGACCCUCCGCACGCGGCGCUCGGGCGGCCCCUGCGCUCAGAGGCAGCGGAGGACGCCGCGCUGGGGAGGCUCCUCCGGGCCCAGGAGGGCGGCGCGGGAUCGCCCGCCGAGUACUCGGCCUUCCUGACGCGCUGCUUCGUCUGCCGCGUGCGCUGCUUGCUGGACAGCACCUCGGGCUUCCUGGCGAUGCAGUUUCAAGGAAAACUGAAAUUCCUGUUUGGACAGAAAAGGAAAGCUCCCUCAGGGACUGCUCUGCCCCCUCGGCUCUCGCUGUUCUGCACCGCGGCACCUGCCCUCCUUCCCUCCACUGCCGAGACGAAAGUGAAGAGCACAUUCUUGAAGCUGAAGCACGGGGCGGACAUCUCAGCCCUGACGGAUGCAAGAGCAAAAGCCCAAAGUCAGUGUGAGCCAGAAUCACACGUGAAGCCCAACCACUCAGCAGGAAGAAACAGUGCAGAAAACGGCCUGUCGGUGUUCAGGGCACAGACGGAUGGUGACCGCUGGGCCCAGCUUCCUGCCAGAGCCACGUGCCCUUGCCUCAGGGGUGGCCCCGACAGUGUCCUGGACCCCAGGGUGGCCUCAGGGGGCGGGGCAGGAGAGGGCCGCGGGAGGGCGCCCGGAGGCUCCAGCACAGCGAGGUGGCGCAGGGAGGGUCACGCCUAUGAUCGCCACUUGGAGGCAGCAGGACCAGCUCAGCAGCUGCACUGGAUGACUGGGGCGCUAGGGCAGGAGGGUGGCACCAGGCUGAAGCUGGAGCCCAGCAUGGGGGGUCCAUUCCCUGGGCAAGCAGGCGCCCAGGGCAUCGUCCACACUGACAGCUUCACUGCUUCAGGUAGCCCACUUGUCUCUCACCCAUCAAACCGUCUCCCCAGUGCCUACACUGGCCGGCUGGGCAGAACCCUGCGGGACGGAGGCCAAGCUCAGGGGCUGCCUCCCGCCAGCUUCCCCCUGCCCCAGAGGAGCCUGGAGAACGGGCUCCCUCCUCCUCGAGGACAGCGGCUUGCGGUGGGGGGCUACUGUACCCAGGACACCAAGUUUGGAGGCGAACUGGUGCCCCCCGGAAGUCUGUGCAGCCCCACUCUGUCGCUUGAUGUGCCUAUCAAGAUGGAGAGUGACUCUGGAUCUGAUGAUGCAGCAGACAGCUACUCUGUGUCCCCAAGCCAGGUGUGGCUGGGGGCCACUGAUGUGGUCAAGAGACAGCUGGUUACUUUCCCUACCAGGAUGCACCUCAAAACAGAGCUGGGCCACAGACACCAACUCUGUGCCCCGCACCUGGGGCACAGUGUGCUGGGGGCAAACCCCAGACCUGGCUGCAAUCUGGCUCUGUUCCACCCCACACGCUGUGCCUGCCUGGAGCACGUGCACUGUGUUCCUGAGCCAGAGCCGCCCCCCAACUUCUGUGCACAGGGCCACCAGCCCCCAACUCUGGGCCGCAACUGCAGAGCCCCUGGGACCCUGCCUGUCAUCAAGCGGGAGCCCCUGGACUCACCCCCAUGGGCCACUCACAGCCAGGGUAGGGUGUCCGGGACAUUCCCCAAAAGUGCCUUGGCGACACUGAUGCUGCCUAAAGCUCCCGAGGGCACAUUCCUGCUGUAAAGCAGAGCUUCUCCCAGAACUGACUCCUGCCCACGCUGAUUUGCCCCUUGGCCAGGGGUGGUGUGGCAUCAGAGCUUCUCCUGGUGGCCCCCUCAGAGCUACAGGAGUUCAGUCCUUGGUUGUGUGGGCAGGUAUGCAAUGUUGAAUUCCGCACUUCAUAAAACACCACAGAAAUUCUUAAA